CAGUUGACGGUCACACAGUGCACCGAGGCUGCGUUUUUCGUUGAUAAUUUUUAAAUUUAUUUAUUAGUUUAUUGGUUGGAAACUGAGCUGCCCCCGCCAACUGCCUGCUAAAUUGUUUAACUAAAUCGGUCCGCCGCCCCCCGCUUGGACAGACCAUCGGCUAUCGAUAUAUCCGCUGACGGUAAUUGGAGAACGUUUUUUCCAUUUUAUCUCCACCUUGUCCGCACUUCGUUUUGUGCUCUCUUUGUGCGCUGCCUCCGCUUAACAUUUGGGCCCAAAGAAAACGCACAAAAAGCCCCGCCGUGUGUGCCUGUGAAGUUGGUUAAAUACCGCCCAGUGGGACGGACGGGCCAGUGGCCAGGAUUCAAUAAGAAUAUGUGUGUGCAAUAAUAAUAGGGCUCGGUGGUACGGUGCCCCAAAACAUGAAAAUGGUGCUAGACGCUCCUAACGCCGUGCCGAGCUGGCAUAUUUUGCUUAGCGACGCCGUCGGCGCCGUUUCUUCCGGCCGCGAACUCUGCGCGAGGAAUUUACAACAAAAACAAUGAAAUAAAUGGCCCCUGUCUAAAUGACGUCACGAGCGUAACAGAGUGCAACAGACAACAAUGACCGAUGAGCAUAAAAGUAACAUUAACAGUAACAGCAGUAACUCCAGCAACAACAACAAUAACAGCAAUAACAACAGCAGCAGCAGUAGCAACAACAACGCAGCAAGUAGCAGCAGCAGCAGCAGCAACAACAACGGCAACGAGAGCAGCAGUAGCAACAACAACUGUAGUAGCAUAAUUGCAGAGGCGGCCGCCAAGUUUCUACUGAAAAAUGGCCUGAACGGCAAUAGCAACAACAACAGCAGCAGCAGCAGCAGCUUUCCCCCACUGCCACCGCCCCUGCCCGCCGACUCAAGCAGGACGACCACGCCCACGUCCACGACAACGCCAACGCCCUCAUCCUGCAGCUCCACCCCCUCAAAUGGCUUUUUGCCGCAUGCCAAGACGCCAAAAAGUAGUAGCAUCAUGGCUGCAUCCGCCGCAGUGGCAGCCAGCAUCGUUGGAGCUACUGCGUCCAAGCCCACCAUCGAUGUCCUGGGCGGCGUCCUGGACUACAGUUCCUUGGGCGGAGCAGCCACUGGCCCACUGCCCACCACUGCAGCAGUAGCAGCAGCAGCGGGAGCGGGAACAGUGAAGAUCGGCAAGGGCAGCAACUCCGGCGGCAGCUUUGAUAUGGGCAGGACUCCAAUAUCGACGCACGGCAACAGCAACAACAGUUGGGGCGGCUAUGGCGGCCGUUUGCAGUUCUUCAAAGAUGGCAAAUUCAUAUUGGAACUGGCACGAUCCAAGGAUGGCGACAAAAGCGGCUGGGUCUCGGUCACGCGUAAGACCUUCCGGCCUCCAUCGGCGGCCACCUCGGCCACUGUGACCCCCACGUCGGCGGUGACCACAGCGUAUCCAAAGAACGAGAAUUCCACAUCGCUGAGCUUUUCUGACGACAACAGCUCAAUACAAUCUUCGCCCUGGCAGCGAGAUCAGCCCUGGAAACAGUCCCGUCCCAGGCGCGGUAUAUCAAAGGAGCUGUCGCUCUUUUAUCACCGCCCCAGGAACAGUGCACUUAGCCGGGCUGCGCUCCAAACAGCAGCUCGCAGACGUCGGCGGCCCCAUGAGCCGCUAACCACCAGCGAGGAGCAGCAGUCCAUAUUUGAGACGGCAGUCAAGGCUGAAAACGGCGACGACACUCUUAAAGCGGAAGCAGCAGAGGCCGUUGAAGGUGGCGCUGAGGCGGACACAUCCACAGAUGAGAUUAAAACUGAAAAACCGAAAACGAUCAAAGGCGAGGAAGAUGCUGAAAGGUCUGAGAAGGAGCCCAAGAAAGAGGUUGACGAUGACAGUGAGUCAAAAGUAGCAUCGCCCGCUCUGCAGGUGGAUGCACAACCAAAAGAGGAGACUGUGGAGAAGAUGAAUACGAGCGAGGACGAGGAAGCCAUGACAGCGCCGCCCAGGAGCGCGAAUCCCGUGAACGGCGAACUAAACGGCGACCUCAAGACGAGAAUUGGGAAACCAAAGCCAAAACCUCGGGCCAAGCUCAGCAGCAUCAUCCAGAAACUAAUUGAUGGCGUACCAGCACGCUUAGAGCAACUGUCGAAAGCACCAGCGGUAUCCGCAACGAGUACGGCGUCAGCAGAGCGUGGCGGUGCCAUCGGCAGUCUAGGCCACUCCUUGACGCACAAGGUUUCUCCGCCCUCGUCGGCAACAGCAGCCAGCCGUCUAGUCGAGUACCACCACCAGCACGUGUCGCCCAGGAAGAGAAUCCUGCGCGAGUUCGAGAAGGUGUCGCUGGAGGACAACGGAUGCGUAAAUAACGGCAGCGCUGGAGGUAGCAGCGGGGGAGCGGGUGGAAAACGGAGCCGCGCAAAGGCCUCAUCGACAUCAUCACCGGCUGGCAAGGCGUCGCCGAUGAAUCUAGCCCCACCCCAAGGAAAGCCGAGUGCCAGUCCCGCAUCUAGCUCAACCAGCACUUCGCCAGCGGCAAUAUCCACGCAGCCCACGAGACUCAACAGCUCCUACAGCAUCCACUCGCUGCUGGGUGGAAGCAGUGGCAGCGGCAGCACAUCCUCCUCCUCCAGCAAGAAGGGCGGCGAUCAUCCGGCGGCUAUUAUCAGCAAUGUGCACCACUCGCACCACUCCCUGUACCAGCCCAGCUCCUCGAGCUAUCCACGCGCGUUGCUCAGCUCGCCCAAGUCUCCGGACGUGAGCGGCAGCAAUGGAGGCGGCGGAAAGUCACCCUCGCACUCUGGAACCAAGAAGCGGUCGCCACCGUACACGGCGGGCUCUCCCGUGGACUAUGGUCACACAUUCUACAGGGAUCCCUAUGCGGGUGCAGGUCGUCCACCGACAACAAGCUCAGCAUCGCAGGACCUGUCGCCGCCGCGCUCCUCGCCAGCAUCGCCCGCCACGACGCCGCGCACUGUGCCCAAAAAGACUGCAUCGAUCCGACGCGAGUUCGCCUCGCCCUCGGCCAGCAGCAGUAGCUGUCCCUCGCCCGGCGAUCGGAGUGCCUCGCCUCCGGACCGGCGGCACAUGCAGCAGCAGCCGCACCUGCAGCGCAGCUCUCCGCUGCACUACUAUAUGUAUCCGCCAGCGCCUCAGGUGAACGGCAAUGGAUCGGGCGGAAGUCCGACAUCGGCGCCGGUCACGUCUAGCAGCAGUGCAGCUGCAGCAGCGGCGGCAGCUGCGGCCGCAGCAGCCUACAUUCCCUCGGUGGUGUCGCCGUCGCUAUACCAUCCGUACAUAUCCACACUGGCGGCCUUAAGGCAUAGUCCGCUGUGGAUGCACCACUAUCAGGCCGGAGCAUCGCCCCUGCUGCCGACACAUCCACAAGCCGCCAGCUCGGCGGCCGCCGCGGCUGCAGCUGCUGCUGCUGCGAGACUGUCGCCACAAUCGGCCUAUCACGCGUUCGCCUAUAACGGAGUGGUGGCGGCUGCUGCAGCUGCCGGAGCCUUCGGACAACCCGCCCCCAGUCCCCACACGCAUCCGCACUUGGCCCAUCCGCACCAGCAUCCUCAUCCGGCUGCACUGACCACCCACCACUCGCCCGCUCACCUGGCCACGCCAAAACUGACUGAUAGUAGUACCGACCAAAUGUCUGCAGCGUCCAGUCAUCGCACUGCCUCCACUUCGCCGAGCAGCUCGAGCGCAUCCGCCUCCUCCUCGGCGCCCCCUUCCGGCGCCAGCUCCUCCGCAAUGUUUCAUACUAGUAGCCUAAGGAAUGAACAAAGUUCAGACUUACCACUGAAUCUGUCAAAGCACUGAGACAUACACACGCCCCAGCUGCCCCAGUUUCUGGGCCAACCAUCGAGUUAAGUACAUUUUCGCACUAGUAGCGCUUAAGACGACAUUCAACUACACGUAAUAUUAUUUGAUAAGUUCGCUGCUAGUUUAGUCUUAACCUAAUUGUUUUAGCCUAAGCCUAAUCCUAGGUUCUCAAUUAAGGCCGAACAUUUAAACGCAUACGAAAAGAGAAAAAAAACGACGAGGAAAAAAAUUAAAUAUGUUUUUAAACCCGUUCCAGAACUUUUUAUACACUCAGUUGAGAAAUGGAAUUUUCGACAAACAUAUUAAAUAUGCAAAGGAAUUUUAUUCUAUGCCGACUAAUGAAAAGUAAUACCUACUAAUAAAAACAUUUUCUAUAGGAUGUAUAAAAUGCAAGUCUUGAAGAAUCUCAAAAAGAGUUACGUUUUUUUCAUCAAAACAUUUCCUUGAAACAGACUGAACCUGAAUUUUUUUAGAAAAAAAAAAGAAAAACUUAGUUACGGAUCGCAGCAUAUAACUUUUUAAAGUAUAUUUAACAAAACUACAAGAACAGAUUUUUAUAAAAUGCUUGUGCCUUUAAAGAUGAAAGUAAAACUAGGGAUACAAAAAUUAAUGUGUAAAACAGAAAACAAAUUUACUAGAAAAGAACCAUAAAUGCAAACAUUUACAGAUAUUUUAUGGGAACAAUUUAGAUAUCCCAAAUAUCGAGGUCCAAAAAGCAAUCGACAGGAAAUUGUACUGGGUAGAUUAUUUACGAUUAUAAAUGUUAUUGUAUGUUCUAGGAAUGUAUUUUCGAAUUAAUUUGAAAUGUUUAUUCCAAAUCAUUUCAGAAAUGCAAACAUUCCAAUCAAAUUUUAACCUGUAUUUCUUAGAGCCAUUGAAUGUAUUUUUCGGAAGUUCCUUAAUUCAUUUAUUGACUCUAAGCAUAAUCAUUUCUUUUUUAAAAUGUCGAAAAAAUAAUUUGUGAAGUUGAAGUUUAAAUCCUCGGUGGAUCUAAACUUAUCCCUCACAAUAGUUGUUAAUAUCUAAAAGUUGUAUUUCUUUACCUAGUGCAUACUGUCAAUGCUGUCCAAUCAAAAUCAAAUGAAAAUGUACAAAAAUUCACAUAUACAAAAUAUUUACAAAAAAAAGCAAAAAGAUCCUAAACAGACAAUUUCAAACCGGAAUUCGUACAACUGAAACUGAUACAAAUACAAAAAAAAAAACAUAUUCCUAACGCAAAAAGACAAAAACAAACGCGGUUUCUCAUAUUUUCUAAAUUAUUUAUAUAAAUCAAAUGACUAUUUAUAUUUACUGAUAUGAUAAUGUGUAAGUAAAUAGUUGUAAUUGUAAAUACAGUAUUUUUACAAGACAACAGAGUAAACCGAUACACGAGAAAUAACCAAUAUAUUUAAUAUUACUAUUUUUAUAACGGAUUUUAACAAAAUACUGUAUAUUUUGUAUCUGAAUACGCAGAAUAAAAACAAAAAGAUUCCAUACGAGGUCGAGAAAAGUUUGCACAAGGUCGAUUGAAACUUGCUUAAUAUUUUACUCACUGGGUAAAUGCUGUUCAAGGUAGAAAAAUAAUGUUUUCCAAUGGAAAAAUUAGUGGUUUCAGGUUAUUUUGAAGUCCUAACACUGUAUACAGUAGGAAAUGUUUAAGCAAGCGUCAUUCGCCUAACCUUUUUAGUAAGCGUUACGAAAGAUAUCCUAAACGAAUAUAAAUAAAAUUUCCACAAAAAU